AUGCACAAGAAUAGUAUUCAAGAAUUCUUUCAUCAUAUCGCAUUGAAGGAUAUGAUUCCAUCGGGACAAAAGCUCGUCUUGUUGAAGGAAGAUGAAACUCUCCAAGAAGUAGUGAACCAACUCUCUCAACAUCAUCUUUUGGCUGCUCCAGUCUUGGAUAAGCACAACAAGUUGAUUGGUAUGCUCUCCAUGCUUGAUAUCGUUCAAUAUAUUGUUGCUGCAGCUCCAGAGAUGGAUCAAUUGAGAAACUUGUCCGAUGUGGCCAUUGCUGGUAGAUGCAUUACUUUGCAAACUGCCAAGCACGUGAUGGGCUUUAGUACUCGUGAUCAAUACAUGCCAUUGAAGAGCAACAUUCCAUCCACAAUGGCUAUUGAGCUCUUCUCGAGAGGUGUCCACAGAUGUAUUGUUGAGGAGGACGUUACCACUGACUUGUACAUUGGAACUCUCUCACAAACUGAUAUUGUCAAGAAGCUUUCCGAGCACUUGCAUAUGGGCAAGAUGAAGAAUUUGGGUGAGAAGCUUGUUAAGGAUUUGGGACUUGGUUUGGCAACUCCUGUUUCCGUUAAUCAAAAUGAUGUUGUUUUGAAUGGUAUGAAGACUUUGGCAAAGACUGGUGUGAGUGCUUUACCAGUUGUGGACCACUCUGGAAAAUUGGUUGGUAAUUUGAGUGCCUCAGAUUUGAGAGGAUUCUACUUGGAUAGACUUCCUCACUUUGAAUUGACUACACGUUCCUUCUUGGAGCAAUACUCUCCAAAAUCUCUUGUGCCAUUCUUUGUUGAAUUGGAAGGAUUGAAGUUUGUUGAUUUGGUACGAAAAUUGGUGCACCCAGAAAUUCAUGACGUGUUGCACGGACAAACUGUUAAACUCGAUCAUUCCAUGCACAGAGUUUGGGUUGUUGAUGACGAGAGAAAGGUCACUGGUGUCAUUACAUUGACCGACAUUAUGAAAGUCAUUAUGGAUCACAAUGAGGAAUUUUAA